ACAAAGUUUACUCCAAGUCGCGUCGAUAAUCCCGUGUCAGAAGCGUGUAUUGUUUAUUGUUUUAUUAUGAGUUAAGCGACCAUUCCAAUCCCAUUUAUAAAUACGAAGUGGAAAGUUGUAGAAUCUAGUUUUAAUUAUUUUUCGUGAAAAUGUCUGCAAAGCCAGAAGUUCGUAUAGUGACUUACAUGUGUCCGACUCACCCCGUGCAGUUGUAUGAACUGAUUAUGGAGCUGCUCGAGGAGGCUGUGGGCUGCAACACAACGCUACAGUAUGAAAGCCGGACACCCGGACCAUUCCAGGACCGACCGGACCCCUUUCUAGAGGAUAAAGUGGAUUUGGCGUUCAUGACUGCGGCGGCUUACAUGAAGCUUCGCAAUACGAAAAACCCUUACGUGGAACUGCUGCCCGUUACUCCCGUGUUUGCCCACCAAAUGAAUGUAGAAAACAGGCCCGGAUACUUCUCAGACAUCAUUGUUCACAGCGACAAAAAAGCCCACAACGUGAACACGCUGCUGGAUCUUCGCGGAUGUACGUUCGCCUUUAGUGAUGAAGAAUCUCUUAGUGGAAGCCAGAUAGUUUUGAAAACCCUGAAAUCUAAAGGCGAAAAUGCGUCCUUCUUUGGAUCUCUGUUAAAAUCUGGGUCUCACUUGGCGUCUGCUCAAAUGGUACUUUCCAAACAAGCUGAAUGGGCGGCGGUUGAUUCGACGACACUGCUGUACUCUAAGAAAUACAUGCAGGAUGGUGGCAAAGACAUCAUAUUACUAGAGACCCUAGGACGCCUACCGCCUUACCCUAUCGUAGUUAAUAAAAAAUUAGAUGCACAAGUCAAGAGUGCCGUAAGUGAUGCUCUUCUCACACUGCCACAAACAACUGCAUGGAAACAAAGAUUUGCCAAGUUUGGUGUCUUGAAAUUUGAGACCAAUAAUGAUGAAAGCUACUAUGGGCCGGCUGCACAAAUGUGGUCCAUCCAGAGCGAAAAACUCGGUGUUCGGUAUUAUUAGAAUCUUGCUUGUGAUAUCUCUUUUAUAUGUCAUUUAUAUUCUCUAUGUUGAUUAUACACCCAAAUAGUUAAACAUGUUAUUAAAACAUUCCAUAGAUAAUAUUUUUCUAUAUUUUUAUAAUAAAAGAUUUACAUUA